AUGUCACACAAUCAUCACGACGGGAACUGCAGCCACGAGAGCCACGACCACGACCACGACCAUGACCACGACACCAGCGAUCUCGGUCCAAAUGACAAUUUGUUCCCCUACAUCGAUCGCGCCAAUGUCAUCGCACUCAACGGUACCGGGGAGGGUUCUGUCGUGAUCAAACCAUGGGAUCAGCGGAACAACGAGGAAGUUUUUUUGGAGUCGGAUGCUGACGAUCAGCUAAUUCUGCGUAUCCCUUUCACCGGCUCCGUUAGACUUCGGUCCUUACUUCUGAAGACGGGCCCGGGUGACCAGACCCCAACGAAAGUCUCUUUGUUUUCCAACCAACCUAGCAUGGAUUUCAACGACGUUUCCGACAAGGUCCCUGUUCAAGAAUUCAACAUCCCUCAGGACAGGAACAUUGCGGAGUACGCUGUCAAGACCGCAAAGUUUAACAAGGUUUCUUCCCUGACUCUAUUUUUCCCCGCCUCGCAAGGAGCGGAAACGACAAGGAUAUACUAUGUUGGUCUCCUUGGUCACUGGACAGAGCGUAAGAGCGAUCCAGUCAUCACCGUCUAUGAAGCUCAGGCCAACCUUGCCGACCACGAAAAGAUUCAGGGAACCGACGGUAAAUUCAGUACAACACAAUCCUAA